GAGGUGUAAAACAAGGUAAAGCCGGUAAUAUUUUUAUUUUUUAAAAUGUAUUUUACUAAUUAUAGAAGCAUCUAGAAACAUCAAACUUUUUUUUUUACUGUGAAGAAAGAGGUGAAAAUAAAGAAAAAGCUUUGGUCUAUCCAAUUGCUUACUGGUACCCUGCAUGCAAUGGCUCAGUGGUUUCUCCCAUCUCCCUUCAUCAGCUUCAGCAUCUACACCCAUCAUGAAGGUGAUGUCAAAUGACAGCAGCAGGGUGGUGUUACAGUGUGAGUCUGCAGGCUGGUAUCCAGAGCCUGAGCUGCUGUGGUUGGACGGUGAGGGAAACCUCCUCUCUGCUGGACCUACAGAGACCCUCAGAGGUCCUGAUGACCUCUAUACUGUCAGCAGCAGAGUGACUGUGGAGAAGAGACACAGCAAUAACAUCACCUGCAGAGUCCAACAGAGGAACACCAACCAGAGCAGAGAGACACACAAACAUGUUCCAGGUUCUACUGUCACAAAACAACCAUCGGCCACUUUCAUCAUCGUGAUCGUUUGCCUGCUGUACGUUGGUGCAGUUAUCGCUUUUGUCUGGAAUUUCAUACUAUCAAAAAAACCUGACACCAAGGUGAUUGAAACUGAGCUGAAAACAAUGAAACAAAAACGCAGCAGAGCUCCUGCUGACGACACCGAGACCAAAGAAAUAAAAGAAGAGCCGCCAUCAGAACAGCUGGAAGACGACACAUCUGCUGUUGACAUGAGUGAGGUGAUCAAAGAGGGCGAGGAAAACCAGGAAACAGAGACUCAGAGUACGGCACAGCCAUCCUUAACCAGCAGUGAAAACUGAAGAACAAGAAGCUCUCUGAGAGCACAAACCUCAGGCAGCUCACUGUCUGUGCAGUGCUUACUUUUAAGUAAGAAUAGUUUUGUAUUUUUAUAUAACAUUACACUGGAGUAGGAUAAUAAGUAUUUGUAAAUAAAUGGACAUUAAUGACUUGAACCUAUUAUGUAAUAUUACACUGCAGUAUAUUUAUAACUAACAUUUAUUUAUGACUAACUCAUUCCUUCCCCUGACAAUACUUUAAAGAUUUAACACAUUUUGGGGUCAACGUGAAAGAAAGACAGACGUGAAAUGUAAAAGUGAGGUCAGAGGUCAAAUGUGACAUCAGAUUUUAAAUGUACUUUCUACAUGUUCAGAAUACACAGAAUCAUAAGUUUUAAGGCUUUUCUUUUGUUUGUUUUCCAUCAGUAAACCA